AAAUCAGUUCAGUUUGCGUUUGACCAUCGCUUCGGUCUGAUGUGCGCCUCUUGAGCGAAAGGUCUCUAACUCUAAUAGUGAAGGAGUAAUUUUCUUAGAGUUUCGCGUGUGGUUUUAAAUCCGUUAGAGCACGUGAACGCGCGAAUUUGAACGAUAUUUUGUGCUACAUGAAGAGCCCGCUUUCUUAUUGAUCCCGGUUACUUCGUUGAUGAAUGUUCAAUUAUGAAUUCUUUUUACUAGUGUGGGAAUUGAAUAAGUGGAAGAACCGCCAAUUGCCGCAAGAAGAGAAAUCUACGCGAAGUUACUUGAUACAAAAGUGUUAAAUUUGUGUCAAGUGUGUCAAAAACGAAUGCGAGAAAAUUAUAAAAUCAAAUGAACAAAUUAAGGAAACGCUAGAAGCACUAUAAUUAGGAAUUAUAAUCUGCCCAUGAUCAAGUCCGUUUACAUUUGCGGGUUCCGUGAAGUGGAUAGCCUGGAAAAGUGUACGAGUGUUCCUAAUUAGGAAAAAAGUAAUCGUAUCGAGUUUGAGGAUUGCCGUGGGUUAAGUUUCGCUCUUCGAUAGGUUUUUCCCCGGUGGGCUUCGUAGAAAAUAGGAAAAGAAAUCGAAAGUGAACUUCUGUUUCCUGGGCGGACAUAUCUGGUUUGUAAGCGAGGCGAAUGUGCAACUGUGGUUGAUCGGAGAAAGCACUGCUGUUUUGAAACUAGACUCCCUGGGCACAAAUUUGCCAAGAUUGGAAAAAUGAUGCGGAGAGUGGAAGUACUCAUUUUGAUGUUGAUGAUAGCGGGCAGUCACGCUGGUUCCAGUGCUCAGCUGGGUGCCUCCUGUCAGCACGAUAUGGACUGUUCGGACAGCAUCCGCGGUAGUUACUGCUCCCUGGAAGGGUACUGCGAGUGUUCGCCAUUCUACGUCCGACUCAAUGAGACCAAGUGCUUGCCAUCCCAGUUACUCGAGAGCGAAUGCAUCCUGUCGGAUCAAUGUGCCAUGCGUGUGGCUAAUAGCCACUGCGUCGAGAGUCGCUGUCACUGCGAGGAUGGUUUUCUGCAGUUUCGAAAGCACACCUGUUUGGCACCGGCCCAGCCAGGAACGGUAUGCUACAGUCACGCGCACUGUCGCAUGUGGGACGAAGAGAGCCACUGUGACUUUCUAAUUCCCAAUUUGUUCGGCCGGUGUCAAUGCACGUCUCCGGCUCGCCAAGCGGGUCCAACCUGUGUAGUGGAAUCCGCCCCCAUCGAUCCCAUUGUGACAGACGAUGAACAGUUACCGGUCAUUGCCAAACCACAACAACAGAAACCGGAACCAAGCGAGCCGCAUGUUUCGACGACCACUGAGGAUGAUUCGGUCGUCGUGGAGGACUUCAUGACCAGAGUGCAGCCGGUGGAUAGUGCGGAGCAGCAGCAGCAGCAGGUUAUGGAAGAGGCCGAAGAAAUGGUACAAGUAGAGCAAAGUGGCGGUGCGGGCGAAGAGAGUACGACAGCCAGUGGUAGCUACGAUGAGUAUGUAACUAGUGAAGAAGCUGUGACUUUCGAUGAUACUAACAGUACCUCCCACAUGCAUAUGUAUGAAAACACGGAAAAGUACACUGCAAUGGAACAUGAGGCAGAAGAAAACUUUCAAAACCACGAUGAAAAUGAAACACUUGAUACAACUCCUUAUCACGAGUCCACAGAAUACGAUCAAAAUUCUUCAGAAAUCUCAACCACCGAAUCAACCAAUGAAAGCUAUGAGUACGAGAACGCGAGUCACGACGGAGAAGAAUCAGAGAGCUACUAUCAAAUUAAACAUAGCACGCAUGUGCAUCCACAAGAAGUAGAGCUUAUAGAGAAGCACAAUCAUAUCUCUGGAGAAGACCAUUCAAAUUUGAUUGAAGGAGAAGAUGAAUCCACCCCAAAGACUAGUCAAGAGUCUUACGAAGCGAGCAACGAUAGCACUGAAGCUUACACUACCGCUGAAUAUCAAGAUGAUAAAAGCCAGAAACAUGGACAUGCGAGUGAUGAACAGACGAAGGAAAUGGACGAAACAACACAAGAAUCAGACACGAAAAAGCAGGACACUGAUAAUGAAAUUGAUGCUGCCAUAGUGGAACAAACAACUCCCACAAUGGUUCGUUUGGCUAGCCGAACGACGAUGAUGGAACCGGAAGCUCCCAUUUCAACAACGGUCGCCACGCUUCUAUCCGAAUCGGAAUCAUUUACAACGACGACUAGUACUACACCGCUGCCGACCACGACCACGACUAGUACUACAACGGCCGCAUCUGUUACACUGUUUUCAAGUACAGAGGGCAGCAUCAGAGUAAAGCAUCAAGGAAUUCGAACACGUGUCGAUCUUGGUGAUGGGCCGAUCUCACUCGGUUUGGCGUGCGUUAACAACCGACAGUGCCAGUUGGCUGAUCCGUACACCUACUGCAACGAACUGGGCCGGUGCGACUGUGCCCACUCUCAUCAGCAGGAAGCAACGGAGAAGGAGAACGAAUGCAAUGCUGGUAACACCCGGUGCGCGCCGGGAACGUUUCAGUGCCGCUCCAGUGGAAUCUGCAUCAGUUGGUUCUUCGUGUGUGACGGCCGGCCAGAUUGUAGCGACGCCUCGGACGAAGAAUGCAACUUCUCACUGAAAUCCAAUAUCACCAACUGCCCGGCCCUGUCGUUCCGAUGCGAGAAGAGUGGUCGGUGCAUUUCGCGUGCCGGUAUCUGCGAUGGGAAAAUCCAGUGCCCUCAGGGAGAAGAUGAAGUCGGAUGUGAUUUCCGCAAAUCACGCAAAUGUCCGGAGCAUACUUUCAUGUGUCGCAGCGGUGAGUGUCUGCCGGAGUACGAAUAUUGCAAUGCGAUUGUUUCGUGUCGCGACGGAAGUGACGAGCCACCCCAUCUGUGCGGGUCCCGAUCGGUGCCUAAUUUCUUUGUUAAGCUGCUGUCAGGGCCGGGCAGCCGUGGCCGAAAUUACUGCCCAAUGCGAUGCGGCAACGGAAACUGUCGCUCCACGGCCAUUGUUUGUUCCGGUCGAGAUGGGUGUGGCGACGGAAGCGACGAGGACAGCUGCUCGGUUUGCCGUUGUCCCGCUCCACCUACCGCGUAUGACGACGCUGGUUCUCAUCCCGUGGAAGCAGCGGCAACAUCUUACACCAGCAUUACAAGCAAUAGUAGAUCCCGGCAACGGAGUCGGACGGGCCGAAUCACCAACAACUGGAGCCUUAAUAAGUCAAAUCAAGUGCAACAAUAGGACUGCGUUUAAUUUCAAAGACUAAAUAACAUAAUUCCAUAAUUCCAUACGUGGUGCUAUACGACCGGCAAUGCAAUGGAAAUACUGUCAAUAUAAAUUACCAUGCGUUUUGAUUCGAUGGAGAAGCAUGGCGCAUCAUUCAACAUGCAAUAACUUCAAGCGAGAGUUUAUCGUGCAAAAAUGUCGUCCUACACGUAACCUUAUCGCUCAAAGUGCCAACAACAACAAAUAAGCAUAAAAGUCUCGAAACGCACAUAGUUUACAGUUCACUAUCGGCAAGAUCGUCACGUUCGACGUCGCUGCAAAUAUAUGUAUACAUACUCUCGAACGAUGAAGAUGACGCUCUCCACCGCAGUCUAUCGCAAAAUUUAUGUUCGCCAUGAUUUGCAACGGACGUGAAAAUAAAUUCAUUCUGGUAGUAGGCUACCGUAGGAGUCUCUAGUCCGGACAGUUUGAAAUUUCGAGACCGAAAAGAAAGUUUAAUUUUACCAUUCAGCAAGUCUCAACGGGUAGAUAAACAAACUCUUGAAAUGGCAACUGUCUGGAACGUAGAUUGUUACGGUACGACCAACGCCUACCGGAAGACAGUGAUACCCCGCGUUGCGUUUCAGUUUAUGUAGUUCUUAACUCUAUAAACAGAAAAUGCGAACAUUUCUUCUAUUUUUCUUCAUUCUUUUGGCUUUCCCUCCGACUGAAGCAUUCCCCGUCUCGGCUAAGAGUAUUUAUAGAGAUGGUAUUGUACAUAGAUAUUCACUGACUACUUCAAAUAGAGUGUAAGGAUCAUUUUCGCUUCUUCUUGGCAACGUUUUAUAACGGCGAUUCAGACGAAGGUGUGCGCUAAUAGUAUUAAGAUUAAGAUUCAUGAUAAUAGUAUGAGUUUGGAUGAUACAGUCGUUCAGCUCCAAAUGCAGAGAAUAUAAAAUCACAACUAAUAAAUUCAGUUGCUACAUUAUGAUUCUGAUGCAGUUUUAGGACAUUUAGACUGAAAAUGACUCCUUUAAGCUUCAACACAAAAAAUGACAACUCAUUAUCAAAAAAGAAAAUCUAAAAAUGAAAAUGUAAGCAUAAUGCGUAUUUAUAAUAUUUAUUAUUAUUUUAUUCCGAUUCAUGGGUGAAUCUUACAUUUCAUUGGUAUUUUUUUAGAUACACCAAAAAGAAAAUAUUCACCUUUGUAUCCAAAGCGAAUUAAUGCAAACCACAAAAAAGAAUAUUCCCUACUCAACACUACCAGUAACCAUUUCGAAUGCCAAGGACACACCUUCGUCGGACCCUUAUUUUAAAAAGGAACAAUUCGCAAGCACACGAACCAUUCCAGUAAAAGGUCAUGGCAGUUAAUUAUGUCACGUAACCGGAGCGCUUAUCACACUUUUCCUUCGUAAGCUAGUAAUGAAGCACACUAAACACAUUUUAAAUAAUCGCUAGAGAAAGAGAAGAGGACACGCGUCGCAAAUAGAUAAACGAUUAGUGGAGUAGGGAAGGAAAGAAAAAUCCGACAAUCCUCAGGCAAUUGCUAACCACCUGUGAAGCACUAAAACACGAAAGCUAUAGGAGCUCCCCUUCCCGAUAAAACACGCCACAUGGGCAAUAAAUAGCACGCGUCCGGUACUUCGCUAGGUGCUACUCAUGUUUGUAUAAAAUGUAGGUGAGCCGUGUGGCAGAAAAAUAUAACCGAGGCCAGGAGUGAAGGACACUAAUCGAUACUAGUGAGACCGGGGAAGAAUGGCGCAAGGAUAAGUGCCGCUGGAGGCUACCACGGCCACGCGAUGGGCGUAUGGUAGCACAAUGCGGCGGCAGGAUUGGACCUAAAUUAAAAUUUAUUUAUUCAAGACACGCGGCUCUAGCAGAACAUAACUAAAAACUUCCGCCUUUUGUUGAAGACGAUGCACGCGCAACAUUAGAUUGUAUGUUCUUGUUGGGCACCUCAUAAGGGGUAGCGACAUUCUAUCGAUUGAAAUUCUAAUCACUGAGAAAAGGGAUCUAAAACUUAAAGUGUUGAAAUAAGCAUCCAAUUCGUAUCCAUAACAGAGCAUCUAAAUAGUCGUCAUCACGUUUCUUUCGACAUUAUUGAAAACUUCGUUCAAAGGGGGCAUCAGAUUCGUCCGACAACCAAAAGGACGAGUUUCAAAGCCCUCAUUGAAUGACGAGAUCAAUGAUUUACAAAAUUAACUUUCUCUUAAUUUGCGCCAAUUUCCAAGUAUCGAUAAUACCUUCAUUCUACUUAUCGCAAGAAUAUGUACGGCUUACUUUCUCAUUAUAGUGUGCGAUCCCAUCCAGGCUUUUCAAUGUAUCUCAAUCAGCACAGCUAUAACAACCUACACUAAAUAUACCCGCACAUUGCGAUUGGUGAUUCAAAGGUAGAAUUACCACGAACAGAAGCAAUAAAUAUUAUCGCAUGCAAUUACGAAUCAAAACAAUACAAACCGUAGAGACCUAAUGUAUAAACAAAUGUUUUAUAACUAUUUUAUACGGCCAAGCGAACUCUAGUAUAUAGAAAAAGUUUUAAUUAAAAUACUAUUUGAAGAUA